AUGAAUAAAGUGAUUCUGCUAACGUUUGUGGUGCUGUGUGUGGCCAGUUUCAUCGGCUCCACUGCGGGAGCCCCGGGACGGAAGGGUGAUUCGUCGGAAGAGUCGAGCGAACGGCGAGAUGUGGAACGGGAUCGGAAAAAGGAUCGUAAUCCGGCGGCAGGAGGCGAAUCGAAUGAUGGUGGUAAACAACCGUCAGUGAAGGAGGGCGAAAAGCGGGACAAGGACAGUGUGUCUGCUUCCGGUGUGUCCGGUGAACGGAAGACAAAGCGCCCGCGACCUCCGCCAAGGAGGAGGUACAAGGGAAAGAACAGGAAUCGAUCGUCUACGACAACCAGCGCAACGAGCACCGGCUCUUCAACGACAACACCGACGACGCCAGCCGGUGCCAGUUCGACUACCGGAGCAGCCACGAGAUCAGUUUCUUCGACCACCGUUGCUGUUUCUUCACCGACGACGACAACCCAAAGCACUACGUCCAGCUUGAGGUCUACAGCACUGUCCACACCGUCGACCGUUUCUACAACGGCCAGUCCUUCGUCGACCGGCCCACCAACAACUUCCACUGGAACAUCCACCAGCGCUCCAUCCUUUUCGACACCUUCCACUACCGGUGCUACAGGCAGCGGGCCGGUUUCGCCCACCGCAAUUCGCUCAUCCACUCUGUAUCCCACCUUCACGACCACUCGCACUUAA